GGCAUUAAUUAUGGAGAAAAAGUCGGUUUCGAUAAUCUGUGAGACAGCCAGACGGGUGCAGUACUGUGUGGUUUCUCAACGUGAUUUCAGCUAAGCUUUUUCUUCAUCAUUUUCCUAAACCCACUUUUUUGUUUCAGUAUAAGUAUAGGUGCUGGAUCUCUCUUAUCUUUCUCCCACAGCAAACCCAUUCCAGCUCUCUCCUUCUCUCCCCCUGGUCCUUGUCCAUUUUUCCUUGUGCCAAUGGCACUGAAAGUCACACUCUUGCUCGCUGCCUGCUUGCUACUGUUCAUCGGUCCUGCUUUUGCAGCUACAUUCUUGGAGGGAUACCUGGACAAUGGCAACUUUGAAGAACAACCAAAACCGACUGACCUCAAGAAAACAGUUCUUGUAGGAAAAAACGCACUGCCCAAGUGGGAAAUCGAUGGCUUGGUGGAGUACAUCUCCGGGGGGCCGCAGCCCGGGGGCAUGUUCUUCGCCGUGGCUCACGGUGUCCAUGCUGUAAGGCUUGGCAAUGAAGCCUCAAUCUCUCAGACCAUAAAAGUCAAACCAGGCUCUUUAUAUGCUCUAACAUUUGGGGCAUCAAGAACAUGUGCACAAGAAGAGGUUUUGAGCGUCAUAGCGCUUCCUCAGAAAGGAGACCUUCCAUUGCAGACACUCUACAGCAGUAAUGGAGGUGACACUUACGCUUGGGGAUUCAUCCCCAUUUCUGAUACUGUUACAGUGAAAUUCCACAAUCCUGGGGUUCAGGAGGAUCCUGCUUGUGGACCACUCUUGGACGCAGUUGCUAUCAAGGAGCUCUUCCCUCCAAGGCCCACAAGAUAUAACUUGGUGAAGAAUCCAGGCUUUGAGGAGGGUCCCUAUCAUCUGGCAAACUCUUCCCAUGGUAUUCUCCUUCCUCCGCAGCAGGAAGAUCGCACAUCCCCGCUUCCUGGUUGGAUGAUUGAAUCCCUUAAAGCUGUGAAAUUCAUAGAUGCGAAGCACUUCAACGUCCCUUUUGGACAUGCUGCGGUUGAACUUGUUGCAGGGAGAGAAAGUGCCAUUGCCCAAAUUCUCAGGACAGUUCCCAACAAAUUCUACAAUCUCACCUUCUCUGUUGGAGAUGCAAAGAACGGUUGCCAUGGGUCGAUGAUGGUUGAAGCAUUUGCUGCUAAAGACACCUUGAAAGUACCCUUCAAAUCCGAAGGCAAGGGCAGGUUCAAGACAGUGAGCUUCAAGUUCAAAGCACUGUCAAUCAGGACCAGAAUCACAUUCUUCAGCUCUUUCUACCAUACUAGAGUCGAUGACUUCGGAUCCCUUUGUGGUCCUGUCCUUGAUCAAGUUAGUGUUGUCCCUGUAGCUUAGAUGCUAUUUCAAUCAUCUACUUUUUUUUCUUUUUUCUUGUGAUUGAGAUUUGGCAACGGUUAUAAGAUCCUACUUUUUAUGAAUA